UGGACACUGAAGGAAUGGGCCGCGGCUAGAAAACGCGGUGAAGUCGGUAAGACGGUCAGAACUCCUGCGGCUGAGGAGGUUGGGAACCCGCUUGCUACUCCUGUGGUUGGGGUUAAGGAGGUACAGAUACAGAUACCUGGGGAAACGAUUCAGGAACCGCAGCUGCCGGUGCCGUUGCUGGCCGCGCCUCUGGAAAACCCUCCCAAACCGGAACACAUCGACAUGCCCAAUGUGAAUGUAGAAGCUGCUCUGGCGCCAUUCUACAGCCCGCUAACGGAGAGGAAACCGGACUUGCCAGCAGUACUUGUCUCGCCUCGCGCUAGGGUUGGUCCUUUGAACCCUCCUUCGGAGAAGGGAGCUACUGUGCCGAGGGGCGAGAGGUCUCUCUUGGGGCUGGAGGAGUCGUUGAGAGGAGAAAGGGAGAAACUGCCUUUGAGCGUGCGUCUCCAGGAGACUCAGUCGCCUGGGCCGAAAGCGCCUACUCUCGUCCCGCCCACCCAGGAAUCGCUUGUGACAGCGUCAGUCAAGCCUGCAGAACCUGCUGCACCGGUAGAACGGAAAGAGACACCGAUAGAACCGCAUUCUCUCAAACGGACAUUCGGGCCUGUGGCUUCUCAGCGACCUACGCCUGUCCAGCCUUCACCCGCGAGCGAGAUAAAGACCACACCACGACCUGCAGUUCCCGAGCCUCCCAAGCAGACCGUUCCCCCGACGCGCACUGAGGAACAACCAAAAAUCCCACCAAGUCUGGAGGUCAAGACUGACGUCGCUGCUGUGCCGCCUUUCCCGUCUGUUGAGGCUGCCCUUAGGCCUUUUGUGCCUCUUUGGUCCCCGCAUCAAGCGCCUCUGGCGGUACCUCUCCCUGAGCCUGUUUCUGCUAAAUCGGAUCGCCCUGCGUCGUCGGCACCCAUCUCCGAGAAGGCCAAGUCGCCGUCGCCGGCUGCUGGUGGUGUUGAGGAAGGCGAAGUUGGGGAAGUGACAACAGACCGCCUCGAGGAACGUUAUGACGACGAUCGCGAUCGCGAUCGCCCUUAUCGCCGUUCUCGCUCACCUGAUCGCAGACGAACACCGUACGACGAUCCUGGGUAUGACUCGCGCCGAUAUCCUUCAUCCCCACCAAGACGGCCAGCGUACGACGAACACCGACCCAGGUCACCGUCCUAUUUCGGCCCUUCCCGCUCACCGCCUCCCAAUGCCCCUCGCUCGCCGAGGUACGGCCAAAGGUCUCCCAGAUGGACACCUCGCGAUCGGUCGCCACCUCGAGGACCUCGGCAUCCCCCUCCUGUGUCUCCCGUCUUCCAGCCUCAUGCUGGUCCUUCCACACCAGGAUAUCGCGCUCCCCCUCCUGGUCCAUCUCGUGGAUACCCACCAUCAGCCCCCAGGGCAGAACACGCCUUUAGAGAAGGCUGCGAAGGUACCCGUGCGCCUCCUUUGGGACCCAGAGCUUUGUAUGGGCAGAGUCCUUACGGACCUCCGCGAGCUCCGUUCCCACCUCCGUUCGGCGGAAGGGGUGGUGGUCCACCACCUAUGGCACCUAGGGGUAACUUCCCGCCAAGACCGGGCUGGAGAGGGCGUGGUCGUGGAAGUUUCCGUUGAAUACUCUUCUAUCAAGUCGUUUGACAUUGGUCAUUAGGUCUUGUUUUCUUUGUCUCCGCGAUUGAUG